AUGAAAGUUUCUCCUAACCCCAACCUUCGGCUAAGAAACAUACUCGAACAAGAAGAUGUGGCUAUUGCAACAUUUAUAACUCUCAAAGGAGCGGUGGUAAUCGAUUGCGAGCAUGGUAAUAUCGACGAUUCUAAUAUGCACGACAUGGUUGCUGCCGUCUCUGGGUCUGGCGUCUCACCCGUCGUCCGCAUACCAAGUCUAGAUGGGACAUUUAUGAAGAGAGCUCUGGAGACUGGAGCCCACGGUAUCAUGGUACCUAUGGUCAACACGGCUAAGGAGGCCGAGUUAGUUGUAAAACUAGCCAAGUUUCCUCCAAUUGGCAUACGGGGCCACGGUUCUUCUUUUGCUUGCCUGGAGCACGGGUUGAAGACGCCUUCGGAAUACAUUGCGAAGGCUAAUCAAAAUACCAUUACGAUGAUCCAGAUCGAGACAGCUUCGGCUGUGGAAAAUGUUGACGAAAUUGCUCGGGUAGAAGGCAUUGAUAUCUUGUUCAUCGGGCCAAAUGAUCUUUCCCUCUCCCUCCUUGGAUACACGCCUGCGAAUUUUACGGAUACCGCCUUACUCGAGGCCAUCAAUAAUGUCGUCGCGAGUGCGAAGAGAUAUGGGAAGAAAGUUGGUAUACUGUCAAUGGAUGGAGAGGCAGCUAAAAAGGCGAAGGAAAUGUUUGAUCUGAUUGUUAUAAGUACGGAUGUGAGGUCCUUGCAGGCAUGGUAUGGGAAAGAAUUGAACAUUGCUCGAUCUUAG